GCUUUCCCCUUCCAGGACCCGAGGCUCCUUCCCAUCACCCCUUGCGCGCGCCCGCCCCUCCCUUCUUCCUCGGCGCUGCCUGCGAGGUGGCUGCCAUCUGUGUCGCGGCAUCAUGGCUGCCCUCCGGCCUCUGGUGAAGCCCAAGAUCGUCAAAAAGAGGACCAAGAAGUUCAUCCGGCACCAGUCAGACCGAUAUGUCAAGAUUAAGCGAAACUGGCGGAAACCCAGAGGUAUCGACAACAGGGUGCGGAGAAGAUUCAAGGGCCAGAUCCUCAUGCCUAACAUUGGUUACGGGAGCAACAAGAAAACCAAGCACAUGCUCCCUAGCGGCUUCCGGAAGUUUCUGGUCCACAAUGUCAAGGAGCUGGAAGUGCUGCUGAUGUGCAACAAAUCUUACUGUGCUGAGAUUGCUCACAACGUUUCCUCCAAGAACCGAAAAGCCAUCGUGGAAAGAGCAGCACAGCUGGCCAUCAGAGUCACCAAUCCCAACGCCAGGCUACGCAGCGAAGAAAACGAGUAGAUGGCUUGCCUCUGUGUUUCAUUUGUGUUUAAAUAAAACCACAAAAAAUGCC